AUGCUGGAACAGCUCCAUUUUACUGAUAAGAAAACUGAGAGUCAGUUUAGAGAGCAGGAUGCUGGGCUUGUAAGUAGGAGCCUCCAUGUUGCGUGCAAUGUUGAGAAAGGCAAGGAGAUUUUUGUUCAGAAGUGUGCCCAGUGCCAUACUCUAGGGAAGGGAGGCAAGCAUAAGACUGGGCCAAAUUCCCUGUUUUUUUUUUUUGGGUGAAAGAAAGGUCAGGCCCCUGGAUUUUCUUACACAGAUGCCAACGAGAACAAAGGCAUAACCUGGGGAGAAGCCACACUGAUGGAGUAUUUGGGGAAUCCCAAGAAGUCCAUUCCUGGAGCAAAAAUUAUCUUUGCUGGUAUUAAGAAGAGUGCAGAAAGGGCAGGCUUGAUGGCUUAUCUCAAAACAGCAACUAAUGAGUAAUAGUUGGCCACUGCUUUAUUUAUUACAAAUGUCUCAUGACUUUGUUAUGUAGCAGAGUCAGAUCAGGGAUGGCUGACAGAACGUUUCUUUGGGGCAGUCCUGAGUUA